CAUUCGUGGUGAAGAAAAAAAAAUGGCAGCUGACGAUUAGAGAGAAGUGUGAGGAUCUUCGCUCGGAGGAGGAAAAACAACAACAAAAACAACAACAAAAACACGCCACGUAAAACAACUGGAAGCGACAGACGCUGACCUGGUCGUUGUCGGGCGUCACCGUAGAAGCGCCGCCAUUGGUCGGUCCUCUAAGAAGCGUCUCCAUUGGUUGGUCUCCAUUGGUUGGUCUCCAUUGGUCGGUCCUCUAAGAAGCGUUUCCAUUGGUUGGUCGUGUAAGAAGCGUCUCCAUUGGUUGGUCUCCAUUGGUUGGUCUCCAUUGGUUGGUCUCCAUUGGUUGGUCUCCAUUGGUUGCUCUCCAUUGGUCGCUCUCCAUUGGUCGGUCCUCUAAGAAUCGUCUCCAUUGGUUGGUCUCCAUUGGUUGCUCUCCAUUGGUUGGUCGUCUAAGAAGCGUCUCCAUUGGUUGGUCGUCUAAGAAGCGUCACCAUUGGUCCGUCAUCGCAGGAGCGUUGCCAUUGGUCGUCAGUCACCAUGGGGAAAACGCAGCUAAAAGAUCAGAAAGACGUCAAAAAAGAGAAACCAGGAAGAAUGGUUCCACUAACAGGAGCGACUCCUGCAACAGCUAAAGAUGCUUUCAGCUGGGAAGAAUAUCUAAAAGAGACUUCUUCUCUACCGGCUCCACCAGGCUGUUUUCGACAGGCUCGAGUCCCGCCCUCCAACGACUUCAAGGUGGGCAUGAAGCUCGAGGCCCACGACCCGCGCAACUCCACCUCCGUGUGCAUCGCCACGGUGAUGGGCCUGACGGGGGUCCGGCUCCGCCUCCGCCUGGACGGCAGCGACAACAGCAACGACUUCUGGAGGCUCGUGGACUCGUCGGACAUCCAGCCGAUCGGCAGCUGCGAGAAGAACGGAGACAUGCUGCAGCCGCCGCUGGGCUUCCGGAUGAACGCCUCCUCGUGGCCCAUGUUCCUGUUGAGGACCCUAAACGGAGCCGAGAUGGCGCCGGCCGCCGCCUUCAAAAAGGAACCGUCGAGGCCCCCGCAGAACCUCUUCAAGUUCGGCAUGAAGCUGGAGGCCGUGGACAAGAAGAACCCGUACCUCAUCUGCCCCGCCACCAUCGGGGAGGUGAAGGGCGACGAGGUCUUCGUCAUGUUCGACGGGUGGCGCGGCGCCUUCGACUACUGGUGCCGGCACGAGUCCCGGGACGUGUUCCCCGUGGGCUGGUGCUCGCUCACCAAGCACAGCCUCCAGUUGCCGGGCAACAGCGCCAGCCUCCCCAAGGCCGUGUCCAUUCUCCCGACGUCGCCCUCCAAGCCCAGCAGGCGCUCCAUGCAGUCGCCCUACCGGCUGCCCAACCCUCUGCCCGCUCUGCCCGUUAGGAAGGGGGUCAGAGGCCGGCGGCCCAAGAGCGAGACCAUCGCUCUGCUCAAAGCCGUGACGGAAGCAGCAGCGGCCGCCGCCGCCGCCGCCGGCAGCAGCAGCUGCAACGGAGCCGCGCCCGAAGGCACGACGCUCGUACCCCGACUUUACAAGAAGAGGGGCCCCAAGCCCGGAAGCAAGAGGAAGUCUAAGAUCCUCCAAAGCUCGGCACAGCUGGCGAGCAUCCAGGUUCCUCUAGAAAGCUCCGGCAGCCUCAACUCGGUGGUUUCAACAGUCUGCGUGUACGUGAACAAACAGGGGGUCUGCGGCCCCCACCUGGACAGGAAGCAGAUGCAGCGCCUCCCGGACCACUUCGGCCCGGGCCCGGUGAACGCCGUGCUGCAGCAGGUGGUCCAGUCCUGCAUCGACUGCGCGUACCAGCCCAAGGUCCUGCUGGGCGCCCUGCAGACCCACUCGGGAGGAGGAGAGGCGGUCAGAGUGAGAGCCGACGGCGGCGUCCGCGUGGUGAAGCUGCCGGCGGCCUCCAGCGCGUCCUUCGUGCUGCGCUUCCUGGAGACGAUGUGCCGCCACCUGCAGUGUGACAACCUGUUCAGCAGCCAGCCGUUCAGCCACUUCGCCGCCUACGACCGGACCAAGUCAGUGAAAGAAGAGGCGCCGGACGCUCCGUCUCUGGCUCGGGGGGCCAAGCGGAGUCUCUCGGGGGUCUCGCCGCCGUACACGGCUCCUCUGUCGCCCAAACAUUUACGCACCGAAGCUCACCCGUCAGAAGCAGAGACUCUGCCUCAUGAAGAGAACGGCCUCUUAAAGGAACAGCGCUUCAUGGACUCGGCCUCCAACUCCAUGACCCCUCGACCCCAGGCGGCGGCGCGCAGCUCCUCGGAGUACCACGCCGGCGCCCGCUACCGCCACGGCUCGACGGCCACGCGGCGCCCCUCGUCCAACCCGGCGGCGGAGCCCGGCUCCAAGCCGCCGCUCAGACGAGUAGAAGCAGCCAGCUCCACCACCGGCCCCGAGGCGCCCGGCAAACCGCCGUCCUGCUGGUCCAUCGAGGAGGUGAUGCAGUUCGUGAGGGACGCCGACCCCACGGCGUUGGCGCCGCACGCCGAGCUGUUCAGGAAACACGAGAUCGAUGGCAAAGCUCUGAUGCUGCUGCGGAGCGACAUGAUCAUGAAGUACAUGGGUCUGAAACUGGGCCCCGCCCUGAAGCUGUGUCACCACAUCGAGCGGCUGAAACACGUCAAACCGUGAGCAGGACCAGGACCAGGACUCAGGGGGGGUGGGGGGCCGACACAGUACCCCCCCACCCCCCCUCAAAGGACCAGAACCCCUGCAGUGUUGACAUUCUGCUCAGCGAGAUGAAAUCUUCUGAUCCGAACUGUUUGGAUCCCCCAAAGAUGGAGAAUGUUUCUUCUCAAAAAAACAAGGUUUCUUCUGAGACCCGUCAGAAGUUCUUCCUCCAGGAGGCCGGAUGUCCCUCGCAUAUUUAUUUUGUGGUUUAAAAAAAAAAAAAGAGAGAGAGCGGCUGUGAAACGGCAGAUAUAUAAAAAAACCAUUUAAUUUCCUGUUGAUUCUUUCACAAUAAAAGUCCCGCGUUAUUUCUGCAGCUUUUCUCUUCCUCCCUGCAGUAUUCGUGGAUUUUUUAAAUAAAUAGCAUAUUUUACUAUUAAUUUUUCACCUGCAAAUAGCCAUUAAUUUAAUUAUUUUCUCGAUUUAAUUAACUAGUUGUAGAAAAAAAAUGUCCAUAAGUGUUUUUUAAGUCCAAAAUAUUGUCCUCAAAUCAAAAGAUUUUUAGUUUCAGUUUAAGAAACUGGAAUCAGAGAAUUUGUACUUUUUAUAUGCCAUCAUUAAUCAAUUAACAGCUGCUAAUUCAUUUAGUGGUCGACCGAUCGUCAUCGACGACUAAUCCGUUAAAAUUAUCGAUUAAUUGAUGAAUUACGUUUUUAGUCCACGACUCAAAGAAAACUAAAUAUUCACACUGACUUGUAAAAUCACUCUAACCGAUUAAUCGAUUAUCAAGAAAGUUGGUGAUUAAAUUAAUAGUUGACAACUAAUUGAUUAAUCAAUUAAUUAUUCUUCCUGCCGCGUUCCUCGUUAAAGACGAAGGGGGCGUCGGCUUCAUUAGCAAAGAGGGCCUCGGCUAGGUUAGAGGAAAUUGGAGGGGGCGUUGGCUUCGUACGAAGGGGGCGUCGGCUUCGCUAGCAAAGGGGGCGUCGGCUUUGUUAAGGGAAGACGAAGGAGGCGUCGGCUUCGUUAGAAGACAAAGGGGGCGUCGGCUUCGUUAAAAAAGGAAAAGGGGGGCGUCGGCUUCGUCAUGACCGCUCAGAUCGAACCUCACGAGUCAUCGUCACCACCUUCAUCAUCAUCUUCAUCACCAUGAUCACCGCCCCUCUUCUGAUCCAGGUCGAUGGCGGUUGCUUCGUGGACUCGUAGCUUCGUGGACUCGUUGCUUCGUAGCUUCGUGGACUCGUAGCUUCGUGGACUCGUAGCUUCGUGGACUCGUUGCUUCGUUGCUUCGUAGCUUCGUGGACUCGUUGCUUCGUAGCUUCGUGGACUUGUUGCUUCGUAGCUUCGUGGACUUGUUGCUUCGUAGCUUCGUGGACUUGUUGCUUCGUAGCUUCGUGGACUCGUUGCUUCGUGGACUCGUUGGUUCGUAGCUUCGUGGCCUCGUUGCUUCGUUGCUUCGUGGACUCGUUGCUUCGUGGACUCGUUGCUUCGUAGCUUCGUGGACUCGUUGCUUCGUGGACUCGUUGCUUUGUGGACUCGUUGCUUCGUGGACUCGUAGCUUCGUGGACUCGUUGCUUCGUGGACUCGUUGCUUCGUGGACUCGUAGCUUCGUGGACUCGUUGCUUCUUGGACUCGUUGCUUCGUGGACUCGUUGCUUCGUGGACUCGUUGCUUCGUGGACUCGUUGCUUCGUGGACUCGUUGCUUCGUGGACUCGUUGCUUCGUGGACUCGUAGCUUCGUGGACUCGUUGCUUCGUGGACUCGUUGUUUCGUGGACUCGUAGCUUCGUGGACUCGUAGCUCCGUGCACUCGUAGCUUCGUGGACUCGUAGCUCCGUGGACUCGUAGCUUUGUGGACUCGUAGCUCCGUGGACUCGUUGCUCCGUGGACUCGUUUCUGAUGAAAAGGGCUCUCUCGGUUGUGUGUGUACAGUUUUUAUGGGUUUCACCAUGAAUAUCGGCGACAGAAUGUACAUUUUUGUAGAAACCUAAUAUUUUAAAAAGGAGAUCAUAUACCGAGUUAGAAAUGUGAAGAUGAAAAGCUGUUUUUAAAUGGUAUUAAACUCCAGACGACAUCUC